CCCCCAGGACAGCGGCCAAUAAGGAGCUCAGCCGGAGUGUGGCCCCAAGAGUCUCAGGCAGAUCUGGCCUGGUGGACCCCGGCUCCCCCACAUCACCAUGGCUGAGAAGUCCCUGCCGCCCCAGGCCGCCCCAAUGGAGAAUCUCAUCUCACCGGAGGCCUCCUCCGAGAAGCCCACCGAGGGGUCCCGACCCCCCGCCCGCCGGGCAUCUCUGGUCCAAGAGACCACAGUCCAGCCCCCAGCCAGGUUGCGCGGCACCGAGGAGGCCCGGCCGGGCCCGCCCGCCUCCCGCCGCGGCUCCUUGCUGGCCGGACACCCGCCGGUUGCCAUGGGGCCCCCAUUUUCCCGCCGGAGCUCGCUGGUGGGCCUGGGGGCGGGGGGUCGCCGGCCAUCCCUGGGGCCCUGGCCCCUAGGGACCCGGGUCAGCUUCUCGGGGCUGCCACUGCCGCCCGGACCACCGAUGCCCUGCGAGAACACGUACCAGAUGGGGCCCGAGCCGGGCAGAUGCUGGAACCCCGAGCGGGCGCAGCAGGCGCUGGAGGCGGCCCUGGCCGGCUUCCUGGGUGAGGCCCGCUACUCGCCCCCGUCGGCCGGCCCGCUGGCCCGUAGCCUCUGCGAACUGGUGAAGGCCCGGCUGCGGGAGCUGAGCCCUCCCCGCUACAAGCUGGUGUGCAGCGUGGUGCUGGGGCCGCAGGCCGGCCAGGACCUCCGCGUGGCCAGCCGGGCACUCUGGGACCCCGCCAACGACGGCCUGGCCUCCGCCUCUUACGCCAACGCCUCGCUCUUUGCCGUGGCCACCGUGCACGGCCUGUACUGCGAGUGACCGGCUCGAGGGGGGAAAUAAAAGUUAA